UGCAUCGAUCAGCUGUGCUGUAUUCAGAGACAUCCAGCCGACGGGAUUAAUACAUUCUUCUGAGCUGCAUUUGCGAAAAUGUCUAAUCUGGAAGAGUUUCAGAAGAUGGCAGAGGAUGUGAAGAAGGUGAAGACGAGGCCUGCGGACCAGGAGCUGCUGGACCUGUAUGGACUUUAUAAACAGGCAAUGGUUGGAGAGAUUGACAUCGAAAAACCAGGAAUGACAAAUUUGAAAGGAAAAGCCAAGUGGGAUGCCUGGAACUCCAGAAAUGGAAUGUCCAAGGACGAUGCCAUGACAGCCUACGUCACACUUGCAAAGGAAGUCAUCAGCAAAUAUGACAUGUAAGGCGUGCAAUAAACUGAAGAGGCUAGAUUAAUGCAAAAAUGACAAAAUGUCUACCAUCUCAAUAACUGAAGUAAAGUUGGUAUCUCUAUAAUAAGUAUAUCCUUCUGCUUUCAGAGGCAUUAAUUAUGCAGGAAUAAGUGUGAAGAAAAAUGUGCUGUGAUUUCUUUGUCUUUUAGUUUUUACAUAUUGGUAAUUGAUUUACUUAAGGUUGAAAAUAUAACAUUUUCUAAUCAUUUCUAAUAUUUAUCGACUUUAUUUAGUUUAUUUUCGUAAUUCCACUGCGCACAGCAAUACACAGUACACACACUAUGUAGCUCCUAAAAAGGACAAAGUGAAUGCUGUCAAACAUGGAAAUAAAAUGUCUGUAUAAUGUU